ACAGUACCUGGGGUGUCAAUAUCUCAAAUAAAACAGAGUCUGAAACAAAAACAAAUUUCUAUCGUCGAAGGACAUGCAUGUAUAAUUAUAGAAUGUCCCAUGUGUGACUUUGAAAAAUUAAAAAAGGCCAAGAUUUAUAUUAAUAAGACAACAGGUUACUUUAUGUGUGAUAAAUGUAGUUCUAAAGGUGAAUGGAACAUACUAGAAAAGUUUUUAUUGUUAACAAAAAAAUCAAGCAAAACGAAUAAUAUACAGGAAUUGGAAACUUUAAGAAAUACUAUAAGAAUUCAAGAAGAUUAUGUUCCGGAAUGGAAUAAUAUAAUAAAAUCUAAUCAGCAAGUGGCAGAUUUAUCACCAGAUUUGUACGAGAAAGUUCUACAUACAUUCUCUCUCCCAAUAAUUUCACAACAAGACAUCUCACAAUUAAAUGGAGUAUAUGCAGCUGCACCUAUGUUAUUAUAUUUUCCAUUAAUUGCCUUUGGUAACAGUAUUGUUGGUUAUAAAACUCUUUCUAGCAAAUCAGAAUUAGAACAAACCAUACCUAUUAGCAAUGUUGGUGGGUUUAUCAAUUACAAGCAAAAAGGCACUAGAACUGAUGGAACUGCAGUGGUUGUGCCGACAAUACAUGAUUUAUUGGCAUUAGCAUCUCAAAAGGCUGCAAAUGUGAUUAUCUGUUUGCCGUAUAAUUUGCAGAACUUACCACAGCAGUUGUUGCCAAGUCUGGAAAGUUUUAAGAAAUUAAUUUUAUGGUUUGGAAAUGACGAGCCUAGCUGGUAUACAGCCAGACAAUUUGCUAAGAAAUUAAAUGAAAAGAGAUGUUACUUUGUAAGACCAAUUGACACGCAACCUAGACCAAAGCUAGCCAUUGACAAAGGCUACGAUCUUAAAAGUAUUUUGGCGAAUGCGCAGCCGAUAUGGCAUAAAAGUAUUACUACUUUCGAUGAUCUCAGGCAAGAUGUAUUAUGUGAUUUGCAAAAUAUAGAUAAAGUUCAGGGUGUAAAGUGGAAAAGAUACCCUGCUCUAAAUCGAAUUUUAAAGGGACAUAGAAGAGGAGAGUUUACAAUUCUAACUGGACCUACUGGUUGUGGAAAAACUACAUUUAUGAGCGAGUAUUCACUAGAUUUAGCAAUGCAAGGAGUUAAUACAUUAUGGGGAAGUUUUGAAAUCAGGAAUGCUCGGCUAGCCAAAACUAUGUUACAACAAAUGGCAGAGGUGUCUCUAGAAGACAAUUUGGACAAGUUUAACACGUAUGCAGAUGCUUUCAACAAAUUGCCGAUUUAUUUUAUGACUUUUCAUGGUCAGCAGAACAUCAGAGUUGUUAUGGAUGCAGUUGAACAUGCAACAUAUGUGCAUGAUAUAGCUCAUGUAAUAAUUGACAAUAUGCAGUUUAUGAUGGGCAUAUCGGAUGAAUCAAAACAUAUGGAUAGAUUUUGGAAACAGGACAAAAUCAUAGCAGAAUUUAGAAAUUUUGCUACAAAGUAUAAUUGCCAUGUUACUCUGGUUAUACAUCCAAGAAAAGAACGAGAGGAAGAAUUGACGACAUUAUCUAUUUUUGGCAGUGCUAAAGCAAGCCAAGAAGCUGAUAAUGUAUUAAUUAUACAAGAUAAAAGGCUUACUAAUCUACGAGGAAAGAAAUAUUUGCAGGUUGCAAAGAAUCGAUAUAGUGGAGAUUUGGGCAUAACGGUUCUGGAAUUUGACAAAACCAGACUCAGUUAUGUACAAAAGAAGAAAACAAAAUCAGAGGAAGCAAAAGAAGGAAAAGAAACUCUUCCUAAAGUUGAAUAAUGAUAAUAGUAAUAAUAGCUUGUUACCAAAAUUACGAACACUACAUUAGAAAAUACAUUCGCCAAACAAUUUAUAUUUUAAGUGAAAUGUAUUUUGUAUAAAUUUCUACAAUAUUUUCUACAGAACCUAAAAAAAAUCAUCAUAUUUUAUACAUUACAUAGAAAAA